AUGGCGCCGACAUGCAGCCGGCGGCCCGAGCGGAAGGCGCUCGCCUGCUGCCGCUCGGGGCUGGAGCUGCGAUGCGAAGCAUCCGAGGCCGACGCGGAGCCCAGACAGGCGCGCCGCGAACCACGCGGCCCAGCGACGGCGAAGUCGGACGCGCGGGGCUUCCGCGUCGCCCGCCCGUUGAAGCCUGAGGCGAGGCAGAGCGGUUGGUCGCUGACGCGGGUCGCUGAGGCGAGGCAGGGCGUCGCGCUCUUGCUGAAGGGACCGACGACGCCCCAUGAAACAGCUGAGGCGGCGUGCGUGAGCGUCGCUGCUCUGCCUUUUGAGCCUUGA